AUGAUUGUGGACCACUUCCCUCAUGUUGAUGCGCCUGGGAUGAUUCGUCCGUGUCUUGAUGUCCCGUUCGUGCCUUAUCAGCGUCCGUUGAAGAGAGCGGAUGUCAAGAGGCUUGCAGAAAGCGAACCAUUCUCCUCCCUGCCUCGGAGUCUGAUCCCUGACGAAUCAACCGAUUUGGCACCGCCCGUCAUGCACUUCGCAUUGGAGAUGGUGUACGGAGCCCUCGUCGCAUAUGCCAUAGAGCGAGGCGUGGCUGUCUACUACCCCCGGACGAAACCGACGGCCAUCGCGAAGACUGCACUUGACGGAGAGGCCACCGUCGACCAGGGUGGCGAUACCGGCAGGCAGCCGAAGAAUGCCGAGGUUGACGUCGGCGCGAGCAUGGAGAGGGGCUUGCAGGCAAUGGUGGAAGACACGGCGCGCCAAUACUCACUGAUCGUCUCUUUCUACACCAACUACCAUCUCGCAAGAGACGACGUGCCUAAGACAGGAGAGAUCGAGAAGAUGUGCGCUGUUCUUGGGACUGAGCGCCCUCCGGCGUGGUACGUUGACGGUUACAAGAUCACCUGGGUACCGUUCAACCGCAAAUGA